AUGGCAGCACACCUGGUUUUCGGACUACUCUGCUCGGUCAAUUUGGCAUGGGCAGUGAUUCCAGGAGAAAUUCAAAAUUACCUCAAAACUCAACUAUCAUCUAGCUCGGAAGUUCAAAGAUGGAACGCCUAUGAUGCGCCAUCCUUUGUUAUGAGGGUGAAGCCUGCUACUGCCAAUGAUGUCGCGACUAUCGUCCGUUACGCUUCAAGCAACAGUAUUCUGUUCAUAGGAACAGGUGGUGGCCAUGGUUAUACUACGACUACUAGCGCCCUGAAGAACGGAAUCAACAUAGAUCUCGGUGGUUUCAAGGGGGUAUCAAUUGAUUCUGCAGCAAGCAAAAUGACUAUUGGAGGCGCUGUCACCUUCGGAGAAGUUUUGAACCUCGUGUACAAGGCUGGAAAAGAGAUAAAGACUGGAUCUUGCUCGUGCGUUGGGAUGGUUGGUGCUACCAUAGGCGGCGGCAUCGGCGUCUAUCAAGGUCUUCAUGGUUUGAUCAUAGACGCACUCCAGUCGAUGACCAUUGUGACCGGAAAGGGGGACAUUGUUAAUGCAUCACUUUCCGAGAAUAGCGAUCUUUUUUGGAACUUCGGUCUGAUAACCUCUGCUACUUACAAAUUACAUGAACAGACCAACCGUGGCCAGGCCUUAAACAGCGAUUUUCUUUUCCCAGUCAGCGCGAAUGCUACUAUUUUCAACGUCUUGAAGUCGUUUAUCCAGAAUCAGCCAGAUGCUUUAGACCAGCGCUAUACAAUAGUCGUCAUAAUGGUCAAUGCUGUGUAUGUAGGUACAGAAAAUGAUGGAAGAAAGAUCCUUCAGCCACUACUUUCUGUCAAAGCCCUCCAGUCCAAUGUGACCAUGAUUCCAUACAACCGUCUUUUUCUGGAAAAUCGCUUCGGUGUCGAUCCUCUCGGCUGUAUCUCAGGUAUUCCUCAAGCAUCGUAUGGCAUGAAUCCGUAUCUGUAUGGUUUUGCAACCUACCAGAAAACGCUUGCUGCGUAUAUCGACUUCUAUGCCGCAACUAAUUUGACGACAUCCUACAUGGUCACGGAGAUAUUCCCUACUAGAGUCUCGCUCAAAACACCAGACCAAGCAACAGCGUAUCCGUAUCGAGCUACAAUGGCUGGCUUCACGACAAAUGCACAGACAUCUGCCAUCGCGAAGUUUACGAAAGAGAUACGUGAAAAUUUUGCAAAGCUCAACGGCGCAAAGGGGCUUGAGGUCUACGUUAACUACACACAUGGCGAUGAAGGUCGUAAUGCUUGGUAUACUGCAGCAAAACUUUCGCAACUUUCGUAA